AUGCCCCCACACUGUCGCUGCUCGCCGUCUCUCGGUGGGGCGAAGAGAGGGUUGACCGCUCCGCACAGUGCGUUUGAUCCCGAACCAAAAGAAGAAGCGACAAAAAGAGGCAAAUGGAGCGACAAUUGGGUGGGGGCCGAGCGGAGUGCGACGAAAGGGGGAUCGUCGCGGAAAGACACCGUGCACCCGGGGUCGUCGCUUUCAGAAAGCGAGCCGCUGAUGACUGUCGCGGACCGUGAAUGGUUGGCGGUCGAAGUGCAAGGGCAGCGGUGGUCGUCGUUGACGACGUCGGUGGGUUUCGCUUUCGGUCCGGCGCACAGUGCGCUCCGUCGCGCAAAAAACAAAGCCUUUGGAGUGGAGCCACGGGUGGGCGGAGCGUGGGGUGAUCCGACUGCACCGUGCACAAGAAAUCUCCCCCCGAAAUGUGUUUUCGACCUGUUUCCGAGCCUUUUUUCAGCGGAAAAGUGGUCGAUUCGAGUCGCUGUUGAUGUCGCAUUGUGUUUUCCAGCUGUCCUUGUGAUUAUCACGGGGUCUGAAGGGUAAUUUAUUUAGAUUCUUGAAACAUUUGUUUACCUUCAAAUUCCCUGCUUUGUCUCCAACAUUUCGGAGCACAAGUUGAUGUCGAAUUCUUGGAAUCGUUAUCUUUCAGAUUCCGUCGCCUGAAGCUUUUCUUUUCCGUUAUUAUUUUUCAUUGACAGCCCAUAUUUGAACUUUUUCCUUUGAUUUUCAGUUUUUUCUUUUUUUCUCUGCCCCUCUCGCCCCGUCCCGUGUUCUCUGGUCUCGGAAGUUUCUCCCCUUUUUGGUGGCGGGUUUCUCUCUGUUUUCGAAAAUGGUCUAAUGAGUUUUGCUAUGAUUUUGAUUAUUUAUUUUGUCGCGAUCAAUGGCCGUGAUCUGUGGUGGUUAUGCAAAUGAUUACCGUUAUGUAACCGAGUGUAAUAUUGUCUAAUCUGGGGUCCUUCCAGGUCCGAGGACCCUGCAUUCAUCCUGGCGAAAAUCAUCGGAUUCCCGGCCCAGUCGGCCGAACGGUCGCGGGGAUCGAAGCGGGCCUGGCCAUAUCACGUGGGCUUCCCGUCCACGGCGACCUCGAUGCCCGUCGCUUCCACCUCAUAUCCGGCGACGAACGAAUUGAGGACGGUGCAGGAGAGCGCGGUGAGUGAGGGCCAGCGAUCGGCGUCGCCCUCCUCCUUCAACAACUGCGAACCCGACCAAAACAAUGUGGUCGAGACGUCGCAAUACGAAUGCCAAGCCGAUAACUGGUGUUGUACUCAGGUGAGAGCUCACCCUGUCUCAUUUUUACUUCAAAUACUUUAGUAAAAUCCCAUUUCUAAUAUAGUAUCAAAAGUCAUCAUUUAUGUAAACGUAUCCAAUUGCAGGUGAAUGUAAUCAAGUUUUCGUAUCUGUGGACGAUAAAUAACUUCUCAUAUUGCCAUGAAGAGUUGGGCGAAGUGCUCAAGUCUUCAACGUUCGGGUCAAGUCACAACGAUAAGAUGCGCUGGUGUCUUCGAAUAAACCCAAAGGGUCUGGAUGAGGAGAGCAAGGACUUCCUGUCGCUAUAUCUUCUGCUGGUUCAGAGCGACAAGAGCGACGUCCGCGCCAAAUUCAAAUUCUCGAUUCUGAACGCGGACAGAGAAGAGAGCAAAGCGAUGGGUAAGGCAUUUUAUGUUACACUUGUUGUCCGAAUCUUGUCUUCAGCCUUUCAAGUCUUCGUUUUUGAUGUUCGCAAAUUAUGUUCUGCCUAUUUUCAGAAUCCCAAAGAGCCUACAAAUUCGUCCAAUCCAAAGAUUGGGGCUUUAAGAAGUUCAUUCGUCGCGAAUACCUUCUGAACGAAGAGAACGGCCUUCUCCCCGACGAUCGGCUCUCCAUUUUCUGUGAAGUGAGCAUCGUGACCGAUGCUGUGAACAUCACUGGCCAUCACACGCAACUCCCUCAGAUCGCCAUCCCUCCCAGCACACUCUCCGAAGAUUACUCCGCUCUUUUCACGGAGGGAAUUUGCACGGACUGUGAGAUUGUGGUGGAAGACAAGGUCAUUAAGGUAGGGAAUCAUACAUGUUAUUCUCACUGGCUUCACUUUUAUUGUUACACUUGAGAUCAAAGUGUUUUCUGUGACCACAGUAGUCUUGUUUUCGUUGUUUAAUCUCCUAUCUUUAAGUUAAUUAAUUGGUCGAAUCACACCUAAUACGGCGAUAAUCUCCUCUCCAAACAUGUUACCGUUCUCUUUUCAGGCACACAAAGCCAUCCUGGCCAGCAGAUCCGAGGUGUUCCGAGCAAUGUUUACACAUCCGACCACUGAGAAGGACAGAAAUAAAGUUUUCAUCGACGAUCUGGAUGCCGAGACUGUCCGAGGGAUGCUGCACUUCAUCUAUGGCGACAAUGUGCCCGACCUCGAUUACCUGGCCAUCAAACUGAUGAGUGCUGCGGACAAAUAUCAGCUGAAACGACUAAAACAAAUGUGCGAAUGGUCGCUCUGCAACGCCCUCUCGACUUCAAAUGUGUGCCAGAUCUUGGUGCAUGCUGAUCUGCACUGUGCGGAACAACUGAAAGGACGAUGCAUCGCUUUUAUCAACCAAAACAGUCUUACAAUUGUUGAUACCGAGGGCUGGAAAGUGUUGGCCCGGGAUUACGGAACAUUAUUGGCCCAAGUGUACAAGGCCAUGGCCACACAACACAUGCCCAUUGCCCAAUUCACAGCCCCACCCAAGGCCAAAAGGGUCCGAUAUGUAUAG